UUUCUUUCUUUCUUUUCCCACAGUUCGCCAAAAGCUAAUUAAAGAUGGCCAAGUCAAAAAAUCACACCAAUCACAAUCAGAAUAGAAAAGCUCAUCGGAAUGGAAUUAAACGACCUAUGCGUAAACGCCAUGAGUCCACUUUAGGCAUGGAUGUGAAAUUCUUAACUAAUCAGCGUUAUGCUCGUAAAAAUAAUUUAUCACGGGAAGAGGCUGACAAACGCCAUAAAGAGCGAUUAGCUGCGCGGGCUAGUAAGCCAAAGCCAGUUUCCCUGCAACCUUAAGCGCGUUUGCGGCUUCAUUAUUGGUAACAGUGCUUAGAAAAAAGUAAACGAUAUAUGUAGAUUUUUUCACAAGCAAUAAUAAAUUUAUUGUGCAGUGAUUUUGUUCACUAGUAAUAAA